AGACCGCGGGUAGCACCACAGAUACCAGCUAUGUCGAACAGAUCUCCCGCAAUCUGAAUGACGGUCAAGACCUGCCCACGGCUCAGUUGGCAACAUAAUCCAACCCACAGGUCUCGGAGGCUACGCUCGUCCUCGCCGGCCGUGACAGCCUGGGAGAGAGCAGAUUGGAGAAUCUUAAACGGACCGACCGUGCGUAAUCUGGGGCCGCCUUCCGAUGGAGCGAGCGAUAAGCCACAGGAAAUCUCCGCCGUCCACGUUCAAUUUGUGGAUGAGGAUAUAAAGCUAAACUCAACCCCAGACCGAAGACCUUCCCGUCGUUCCUGAUACUCUUACUUUCUUAGUACUGUGCCUAGGUAUGUUGUUCGGACAUGCGUGAACGAGUACCCCAUUCGAAGGCUCCAAUGCAGCAGUGAACUGCCGCUUUGACACCAUGCAAGAUGCAAGAAUACAAGUUCCCCCAUGAGCGACAAGCCCGAGGCAGCAGACAUCGGACAAGGACGUCCAACAGGACCUUGAUCGCAUGUAUCAACUGCAAGGAGAAGAAGCUGAAGUGUGACAAUAACCCCUCGGGAUGUGAAAACUGCCUCCGGUUCGGAUCAGUUUGCCUGGUUGAGGAUCCAGCAACCAGGCGCCAGCAGCCGCGGAAUUACCUCGCCACUCUGGAACAACGCGUGGCCUUCCUCGAGGGCAUUGUGAAUCAAUAUCAGUGCCACGAUCCCGCCCGUAAUCAUCCUCAACACCAGGCCGGCCAUGUCCAACAACCACAACCCGAACCUGGCCAAAUCCCAUCAUAUGGAGUCGGUACCCCUUUUGAAAUAGGACAAGGCCAGUAUUCACCAGGCGGCGGAGUUCCGUCAAAUGCGCCGGCACAUACGCCUGUGCAUGUGAACAAUCCGGGCGAUGAAACACAUGCACAGGGGCCGGACGGGCUCGACGAACUGGCCUCCAAAGUCGGUCUGCUGAGCCUGAACGCCGCCGGAGCUGAACCCCAUUAUCUGGGCACAUCGUCAAUUUUCGCCUUCUCCCGAGUCAUCAACUCGGCCCUGCGCAAUGUGUUUUUGAGGAAACCUCAAACCACUGUCGGCAACAACAAUGACAGUGACAGCUAUGCCACCCGCAGUGCCGCCGACCCUUCUACAGCAUCGCCCCGGGGAAUUGACGAAGACAAUGAUUACGAGGUACCCACGCCGUGUCUACUGCCAGAGUACCCGGUGGCUGUCCAGCUCAGCAACGCUUACUUCCAAAACAUCCACUAUCAAUACCCCUUCCUGCACGAGCCAACGUUUCGGCUGUGGGAGGCCACGCUGGUAGGCAAGCGUGCCGGCUUCGACACGCUGAUCUCCAACCCCAUCCCUCUAUUUUUCUUGAACAUGGUAUAUGCCGUUGGCGCUUUACUGUUACCAAAUCUGGGAUACUCCGCCGAGCGACUGUACAUGUCAGCACAGUUGUACGUCGACAACGUCAUGGCCCGCGAUAACCUGGAAUCCAUCCAGGCUAUCUUGUGCUGUGCCGUGUAUUCCGUCUGGUCUUCGAUCGGCACCUCUCAUUGGAAGCUGGCCGGACUGGCGCUUCGACAGUGCAUUGAUCUCGGGUAUCAUCGCAGCUGUAAGCACUUGAGGUCGUCGACGACAGACCCGCUACGGUUGGAGCUGCGGAAGAGGGUCUUUUGGUGUGCCUACUCGAUGGAGUGUCAGUCGGCCGUCAUGCUGGGGCGGCCUCUGGCCUUGCGCGACCAAGAAAUUGAUGCUGAGUAUCCCAGCGACGCAGCAGACGUCUGCGGCGCGUUUGGAAGCUCUUCAGGGGAUUCCUCGACCAACCUCACCAUGACACGAGCGAUCCACACGUUCCGCGGCCGUCGUAUUCUCGGCCGAAUCCACACGACCAUCUAUCUCGACAGCAUAAAUCCUGAGCAGAACCCAGGCUGUGCUGCGCAGCGGAUUCAGCAGCUCCGUGGGGAUCUCGAGAGCUGGCGAGCAGCAAUUCCUCCGACCAUGCCCCGGCCCAUCGAGGCACAACCUCUCGUGUUGUUUGGGACGCAGGACUGGUUCGAGAUGGAAUACAACUAUGCCAUCUUGCAGUUAUAUCGAGUCCAGAUCAUUGGCAAUCAUCAUCGUCCACAAAAUCCUCAUUUCACCACCACCACCAACACCACGUCGACCUCCGCCAGUACUACUGCUGCUACUACUGCGGCCACCACCGCUAUGGGGCCGAACGCGGAAGCAGAUGCAGCCGCAGAUGCCGACGGCAUCUUUCUCAGCUGCCUUCGAGCCGCAGAGCGUACGUGCCAUAUCUACCGCCGGCAUUUCCUGGGCAGGCCGACAAACUACACCUGGGCGGCGCUGCACGAGCUCUUCCUCGCCGGCUUGACGUAUCUCCAUUGUCUGUGGACGUCUCCGGCUGCACGCGCAGUGACUCGCCAAGGACAGGUCAGUAACACAUGUACCGACUGUACAAUUGUCCUGGUUAUAAUCGCGGAACGCUGGAGCGCCGCGGCUCCCUACCGAGACAUUUUCGAGGCGUUGGCCAAUCUCACCAUGACCAUGAUGGAUGAAAAGGCUGGUGGAGACUGGACGACGACUGGGGUGGGAACAGGAGCCAGCACCAUGUUGCCGAACAACACCCCUGGCGGCGUGAAUAUGACUCUUGCAUCAUCGGCCCGCCCAUUUUACGACGACAACGAUGACGAUGAGGGUGACAGCGGCGACUUCUACUAUCCCUUGGAAGCACCAGCGGCGACCGCCGGGGAGAGAAGCUCAAGCUCAAAUCUGAUGGAGUGGAUGACCUCGAUAGCCGACACCGGCAUGUCCGAGGGUUUGGAUGGGUUAUUGUCGAGUUUGAUAGGCGACUUGCCGCCGUUGCGACAUCAUGAGGACGGGUUUCCACACUCUUGGCAGGGCGAAUGAGAGGAAUUGCAACGGCGGUUAUGAAGAAAGAGAGUCGAGUCUCUCCUGUUGGACAGACUUGCUCAAAAGACAGCAAGUCUCGUCGAGGCGCUGGCGCCCCAACCGCACCAACUCAGCAUGAAACUCGUGACAAAUGCUGAAGCCCGCCGUUCGACCAGCUCCACUGAGAGGUUUGCGAAGGCAAUCGUUUGGGUCGGCAUGGGGUUGGCGUCGGAUGCCGCUUUUGCCUUCGUCGUAGUUGCCCCUACGUUCGUGAAAGCAAAUGCCGGUAAGCAGAAGCGACUUCGGUCAACCACGCCAUCGAUCAUAAGACGGGCAGCAAAUUGCCUUUACAGAUGAUACUGUUUGCACCCCAACGGCCGUGAGCCUCCAUGGCCAAAUCAGACCCGCACUGCGCUCAACACCAUCUUGUCACCUCAAAUCUCAGAGGAUGAAACCCAUGCUGGAUUUACGGGACCUGGCCGUACGAUAUCGCACCGAGAUCGCGACAAGGGAGCCGUUCUGCUGAACAACUGGAGCGUUUCCAUGUGGAACAGCUGGCGCCAUAACCGGGCCGUCAAUACCAAUUAUGCCCCGCCUCUCCGAGAUGUUCCCUGUUUGGGUUCAUGGAAACUAUUUUCUGCCCUGGAAUCUGGUCGACCGUGAACUGGGAUUCAAAGACACCCGAGAUCGCCCGUUUGCCCAGUGCUUUGAACGAAUCGAAUGCCGCUUCUCCAUUGCAGGAUGCCCAUUCGGGAGUAUAGGGCGACGAGCCGUCUCCCAAGUCACUCCAUCUGGUGACGACAAUGGCAUGCUUGAACAGUUUCGUCGGAUCCGUCCUGUCUUCCUGCAUCCGCACUUCGAUUAAAUACUCGGAGGGACAUUCUGGACACCGACGCAUAGGUUUGCAUUGAGGACACAGCGUCACGACGGGACUAGGUCUCUCCAUUCUCUGCCUCACUCGUGCAGCCGCACCAGCAAUCCCGCUCCCCACCACCGGUUCAGGCAGAUGACUCAAUGCACAUUUAACCGAAGGCAUCAAUUCGCCAUCUUUCCAAUGCGCACAGACGGAGAAGUAGGGCGUGAAAUUCUCAUUAGGGGAGUAAAGCAGCUUGCGGAGUCCUGCGGGUGGCAAUGCAGGUUCUGCAAAUGCCGAGCUGAUGACGCGCAUCAGUAGAUGCCCGUUGACCACUGCAUAGCGCGUCUGAUGGGUCCAUUCGCUAUCUCGGUCCUUGUACCGACGACUCAUUGAGUCGAUGGGGAUCCCGUAAUCCAGAGAGUACUUGUCGGCUCGGAGGAUGAGUUGGACGAAAGGGAAGGGUAAGGUUUUACCCACCGUCAACCGCAUCCGCGAGACUUUCUUGUCCGGGUUAAAGGCAUUGGGACAGUUGAAUAGGGGAUUGGCGAUGUUUGUGGGUCGCAGGAUCUCUUGACCCUUGUGGAUUCGAAGAUGGUAGAUCGCACAGGGGAAACAGAGCAGAUGGUCCGGGAGGUCCUGGUCGAGUCUGUUCAGGAACUCGAUUUUCCGGUAGUGCGCUUCGUCGCUAGCUGUAUUGAGGACGUGCCAUGCAUUGGUGCCGACGAUACCCAGAAAAGGUUUGCAUGAAAAGGCCAGACUUGCUGCGUCCACUGGGUCCAAAUAGUCCACGACACGCUUCCAGACCCUCCUGGCAAGCCGGGACACGAACUCGGAAGCAGGUUGAGCUGGGAUUCCGGCGAAGAGAAGCUGCGUUUUCUCGGCCAGCGAUUCGGCAGAGUCGCGAUACGCCAGACUGUGUAACAUCUCGGUAUGGUCCUUUCGUUCGCCGGUUUGGGCGUCCCGUUCCCAUUCAUCUGCCAGACUGAUUGCCGGCAUGGGCGGGUGAUGUUGGUGUGUGCGAUUGGCGCCAUGUUGUCGUAGAUUGGUGUUUGAUUUGGUUGAGCGAAGAUUGGGCGUCGACUUUUUCCGUAGUUUGUUGGCCGGUCUUGGACUUCGAGUGUCUGCUUGCUCGAGUUUCAAGUUGGCUUUUUCUUUCUCAAUACUGUUGCAUUCCGUGACGGAAGAGGCCCUUGUAGAAUGAGACGGGUUGGGGCUUCUUGAUUGUUUUGAUCGGAAUAGAUUCAGGAAACCCAGUGACUUCUUUCGGCGCAUUGGGUCGGCCAUUUUGGCGGGAUCUUUGUCUGAAUAUCAAAUCAACCCUGGUGAAGUAGAGGCCCUGUAAGGCUUAGAUCGCAGUGGUAGGCCUAUGGGUUCGCGUAGUGUAAUGAGACGUAUGGAGGCAGCGCGACAUCUGGGACAGCUUUCCCGGGUCAAGUUCAAGACAUGCAGACCA